AUGGCGUGCAAGAAAUCUAGUAGUAUUAAUACUCCUAGUACUACUCCUAGCGCCCUUUCCAGCAAACUCGCCGUCCUGGAUUUCGACGACCCCGAAUCAUUGGCUUUUCACUAUCCACUUUUGCCUCAUUGUGGAACGGACAGGGGCGUCCCAACACACUUUCUGGGGCUCGAUACUGACUUUGAAAACGUCGACAAGAAAAUAAAGCAGUAUCGCAAGUUGAACGACCAACAACAAGCGAUUCAGCGCCAGAAGUGGACGGAGAUGGAAGACUGGGAGAAAGAAACUUUCCUAAACAGAAUCGAUGAGCUCAAACGUAUGCAGCAGGAUUUACAAAACAAGCGUGCCUUCUUUCAUCCACUCUCUCGUCGCAAGAAGCGAAAGACCAAUUUUGACCGACGAGCAGCCGAAAUUGAAACGCUUAUUGGGCCUCCCGGAAACCGCUCGGUCGGAAUCUUCUCUUCCAAAGCCGAACGAGACGCAUUGGUAGAAUGGAGGAUGGAAACUACCCAUCAUGUUCCGUCCACAGCUUCUACUCACUCGAUGGGAGCGCACGCAAGAACCGUUUCACAGCAAUACGACAAUACCAGCCAGCAAGCUAUUGAUGAGAUGCUACUCAAGGCCGCGACUGCCAUUGACACGGUAUUUUUGGAUUCUGGCAAUCCCACUCUACCCAAAAUCUCCAUUGGAUUGUUUGUCUUGAAUGAGAUUCGAUUGCCGUGGACAGGCGGCACUGUCGACCGGAACUGUGACAACAACAACAACAACAACAACAAUGAUGAUCUUCACAAUAGGGCUGAGAAACCCCAGUUUACUAUAUAG